UCCAUCUGAGCUCCCAGGGACAGCUGGGGGCUGGCAGCUGUGCCCGGGGGGCUGAAGGAGGCAGAGCCUGGGAAGAGACCUUGAGAGCCUUCUGAAGACUCCGGCACGGCCGCGCCAUGCGCUGCUCCCCGAGACGUGCCCUGGCAGCUGCCCUCGCAGCCUCCUCCCUCCUCCUCCUCCUCUUCCUCCUCCUCCACAGGAGCUGGCAGCAGGAGGAGAGUCCCCUGGAGGAGAAUCCCCUGGAGGAGAGUCCCCUGGAGGAGAAUCUCCUGGAGGUGCAGGAGCUUUGGAACUCGACCCCAUCCACGGUGCUGCUGCAGCUGCCGGCAGGAGGAGCUGAGCGCAUCCUGCGGGACACGGAUGGCUUCUCGGCGCUCCGCAGCGUCCCCUUCCAGCUCCUGGCUGGCUCCCUGACGCCGCACAGAAAGUUCCUGGCCGUGGGCCUGGCCUCGGUGCGGCGCCCCCGCGGGUUCUACCUCCCGGCCACGCUGCAGUCUCUCUUCAGCCAGUCGACGGAGGAGGAGCUGCAGGAGCUGGUGGUGGUCGUGCACCUGGCGGACGCUGACCCCGCCUGGAACAGGCAGGUGGCUGCCAGCCUCGCCCGCAGCUUCGCGGGGCGCAUCCUGCGGGGGCAGCUGCUGCUCAUCCACGCCCCGCAGCGCUGCUACCCCAGCCUGGAGGGGCUCAAGAGGAACUACAACGACCCCGAGGAGCGAGUGCGCUUCAGGUCCAAGCAGAACCUGGACUACGCCUUCCUCCUCGCCUUCGCCGCCAACCUCUCCUCCUACUACCUGAUGCUGGAGGACGAUGUGCGGUGCGCCAGGUCCUUCCUCACCGCCAUCCGCGGGGCCGUGGCCGCCCGGGCAGGCUCCGCCUGGGCCACGCUGGAGUUCUCCAAGCUGGGCUACAUCGGGAAGCUCUACCGCGCCGCGGAGCUGCCUCGCCUGGCCGCCUUCCUGCUGCUCUUCUACCAGGAGAUGCCCUGCGACUGGCUGCUCAGCCACUUUCGCCUGCUGCUCGCCCAGAAGGAGGUCAUCCGCUUCACGCCCUCCCUCUUCCAGCACAGAGGUCUCUACUCCUCCUUCCAGGGCACCCUCAACCGCCUGGAGGACGACGAGUUCCAGGCGGACGCGGCGGAGCUGCCCGACAACCCCCCGGCGGCCCUCUUCACCAGCAUGGCUGUCUUCGAGCACCACCAGCCGCUGGAAGCCUACAGCAGGGCCGGGGGCUACUUCUGGGGCAAGGACCCCAGGGCUGGCAGCGUCUUCUCCAUCGUCUUCCAGCAGCCCACCCGCGUCAGCCGUGUGCGGGUCCUGACCGGCUCCGCGGAGCGCCCGCAGGACUUCCUGCGCUCGGGGGUGCUGGAGCUGGGCCGGGGGCGGCAGAGGGGCGGCAGGGACUGCUCUGCCUACACCCCCGUGGGCACCUUUCAGGAGGGCACCUUCGACGGGCAGGGGCUGGAGAGGAGCGUGCGGGGCCCCGUGGGGUGCGUGCGGGUGCGGGUGACGCGGGGGCAGAGCGAGUGGCUCAUCAUCCGCAGCGUGCAGGUCUGGGCUGCCCGCGGGUCCUGAGGGGGGCAGGGUGCCAGAGCAGCUGGAGGGGUGCCCUGGGGGCCUCUCUUCUCCUCACUCCCCUUUUCGAUAAGGAAGUAAAUUAUUGCCUCGGCCAGAGCGCAGCAGAGAGGCUGCAGGCAGUGAGCAUCUCCUGUGGGGCCAGGCUGAGGCAGCUGGGGCUGGCAGCUGGC